GGAGAAUGCGAGUCGAAUUUAUCAGUCGGCCGUGCACGGUUUGAAGUGAUCUAGUUCGUCAGAAAAAAACACAGACCACGUUCAAAAUGAAAUCGAUGGUGGUGUUUUUCGCUCUUGCCGCCGUGGCUUGCGGGUCGUAUGUGGCGCAGCCGGCGCACCACGCCGCACUUGUGCUGGACCCGCACGGCCGUCCCCUGGAUACCGCGGAGGUGAUCAACGCUCGCGCCCUGCACUACCAAGCUAAGGCUCUGGAGCCUCAGUUCGCCCACGGAGUCGCAGCAAUCGCUCCUGUUGCCGUCGCUCCCGUUGCUCACGCCGUUGCUCCUGUGGCUCACGCCGUUGCCGCCCCCGUGGUUUCGUACGCCGGCCCCGCUGCUGCCGUGUCCCACCAGUCCCGUGUGGACGUGCGCACCAGCCACGCUGUCGCCGCUCCCGUCAUCGCCCACGCCGCUCCCGUCAUCGCCGCCGCCCCGGUGCUCGCGCACGGUGCUGCCCCUCUGCUGGCGCACGGUGCCGCCCCUCUUUUGGCGCACUCUGCUCUUGGUCACGGCGCUCACGGACACUACCUUAAGAAACGUUCCUUGGGUCACUUCGGCCACGCAUACGCCGUGCCCGCCAUUGCUCCGGCCGCCGUGUCCCACCAGUCCCGCGUGGACGUGAUCAACAGCCCGGCCGUGGUGGCGCACGCUGUCGCCGCUCCCGUGGUCGCGCACGCCGCCGUCGCUGCCCCAGUGGUGGCGCACGCUGCCCUCGCCGCCCCUGCCGUCGCCGUAGCUCCGGCUGCCGCCGUCUCGCACCAGUCUCGCGUUGACGUGCGCACCAGCCCCGCUAUCGUUGCCCAUGUGGCUGCCGCUCCCCUGGCUCACAGCGUGGUCGCCGCCCCUGUCGCUCACGCUGGUCUCCUGCACGCCGCUCCCCUUGCCCACGCUGGACUCUUGCACGGUGCUCAUGGCCAUCUUGCCCACGGUUGGUGAAGAACGAAUCUGACGAACACCUAAGAAUAAUACUACUAGGGAAUAAAAAAAGCAAAAAAAAAUAUUUAUGAAUAAAUAAAUUAUCCAAU